AUGUCCACGAGCGAUCAAUUAGCUACCCUUGUAACUCAACUGAAAGAACGUCGUGCCCUUACAUUCCAAGACAAGCUCAAAUCGUUGGAUAUUCGCGAUGAAAUUUGGCGAAAAUACAUUGAUCUUAACAAAGGUUCAACAAUCGAUGCAACUGCUGCGCAACGAACCGGCUUAUGUACCGAUAUGUGUUGUGAACGAGAGCGGAUCACUCGGGAAUGUCAACGGCUUUUCAAUCCCUAUGAAUUUGAUUCGGAUACUCGCGCAUUAAACCAAUCAUUGAUGGUCACUCAAUAUUCUCGUGCAUCAGCUGAUCAAGCUAUGCCUUCAGCAUACGACCUUCGUUCAGGUCCAGUUCUGUUGCAAACGAUGAAUUAUUUGAUAACAAAUAUCAUGGACAAAUUUGAUCAGGACCGUGAACAAGCCGAUUGGUAUAACUUCUUGUGGGAUCGUUUACGAGCCAUUCGAAAGGAAAUCACCCAACAACAUUUACGUGACGAAACUGCCAUCGAAAUUCUUGAACAAUGUGCACGUUUUCAUAUAUUUUGUUCGGCGUUUUUAUCUGAAUAUUCUCGUGACGCAUUUGAUCCUAAUUUGAAUAUGAAAAUGUUAAUCGAUUGUCUCAAUCAACUACGUGAUUGUUACUUGACACAUAAGCAGCAAAAUAAUUAUCAAGCAUUAAAAAAUGUCGCCGAAUUUUCUUCUUACAUGUUACUAAUCAACUUAAAGGAUGAUAAUGAAACUCUACUACGUAUUCGUCGUUUGAUUCAGGACAUCACUCAUAUCUCCGAAGUUCAAGUUGCUUUGAAUAUUCAUCGAUCGUUACUGUUGAAUAACACGACGAAAUUCUUUUCAUUAAUUGCGAAUGAGGCGACAUUGUUACAAUCCUGCAUACUUCAUCGAUAUUUUCACAUUAUACGUUUAAAACGUCUACAUUCAUUAGUUGCAUCGACACGUCCUGGUCAGGAAAUUUCCUUGACGGAUUUGACACAUAUUCUUGGCAUGGAUAACGAUGAUGAGACGAAAGAUUACCUCGAGCAACUGGGAUAUUCGAUAACAGGCACAAGUUCGGGAAUGUGUUUUACAACUCCAACGGAUAAUCAAAAUCAGCAAGAGCAACAACAUCCAACCAAUAGAUUAUCUCAGAAAUUGGUCAAAUCGAAAUUUCAUGAGAAUUUAAAAGAUAUUAUCACUGGUAGAUCUGAUACGCCAGUUGUGAUUCCUGAUAUAAAUGUGGAAGAUAGUUUUGAUUUACAAGGAUCGUUUAUUGGCAAAAUCCCGUUCGAUAUUGACUCAUCAAUGUCACUCCCGGUACGAAGACCACUACCACCAACUACAACUUCCAACAAUACUACAGAAUCACGGCCGCAGCAGAAACCAAUAUCAACAAGAAUUCAACCAGCAGUACCCACUCCACGUCCACUUAUGGAGAAUGCUCUUCGAUCACUAGCAUCAACCACAACAGCAAAUCCAUUUGCAAUGAGUUCUCGUAUUAUGUCAGCGGGCAAUAUUUUCGUCACUGCUACAUCUACAACAGCAACGCCAACCGUUACACAAUCACCCUUUCGUUUUGGAGGAUUCGGCGUAAACCGAGCGCCUGUUUCACGUUCAGAUGCACCUAAUCCAUUCACGCAAUCUACUUUAUCUACCAGACUAUUUGAUUCCAAAUCUCAAGCACUAGUUACAUCUCAACCAACACUUCCGACUUUAAAUCCACCAAAUCAAGUUAUCCGCCAUUUACCAUCGCCAAUCGAACCAGUUCUCGCACCAAAUCCACCUCCAAAAACACCACUCACUAAGCCAGAUCUUGUCAAACAACCACCAGUGCUCGCUCCUCCCGUAGCUCGACGACUAUCCACGAGUUCCAUGGAUACAUUCAUCGACGAACUCUAUGAACAACUGAUCGAUCCAUUGGUUCAAGAAACGGCAUGUCAAAUCUUCGAUGAACUAAUCUCCCAAUGGAAUAAAUUAACUACUGAGACAGUUAAAAUAUUCAAUGAACUUCUUUCGGAAGAGAUAAUCUCGAUAGCUACUGAAUAUCACAGUGAUAUUGCACUCCAUGAAAAGAUGUACAAUGACACAAUCAUGGAACUAUAUGAACGCAAACGAAAGAAAUAUUUAACACGAAAAUACUUCGUCAUUUGGCUGGAAAAUUCUCUCCAGGCGAGAGAAGAACGUUUGAUUCUUCAAGAUUUACAAUUAAAAUAUCAUUUUCCAAAGAACGAACAAUUGCUUGAGUUUCUAACUGGACUUCAAUUGAUUAGCGAACACGAUUUAACAGUCGAACAAGCAGCUGACAUCCUCAAAUCUCGUCGUUACUUGAAACAAACUCAUUUGAAAACGAUCGAACGCUUCUCGACUGACUUGUUCCAAGAACUUCUUCACGAUGAAUUGCAAUCGAUCGUUCGUGAAUCCAACCAAGAAUUGGAACUACGGCAGAAACUGUUGACCAGUUCUCUUGAAAAACAAGCCAAACUCCAACGUGAACGUUAUCUUCGGAUGAAAUACAUUUCACUUUGGCUUCGUUACGUUCGCCGACGUCGAAAGGAACGCCGCGAGAAGUACACGACAAGCAAACGCGUGAACGAAUCUGUUCAACGACGUAGUAACAAGAAAUUAAAAGAAAAUUCGCAUCAGUAUCAAACAUUAAAAAGUUCAUUCGAUCAAUUAGCAACUGAUCUCAAUCAAAUUCAAUUAUUUAUAGAUAAACUUACUUCUUAA